UCCGAAUUUAUUGGUCAAAAUACUAAAUUCAGAAGUCCUGGGUUUUGCCCUUUACUGUUUUCACACGUCCUUGCCUCUUGCUUUGGAGAGAGAACAGCUCCCCAGUUCCCAGCCCCGCCCUAAAAAUGUUAACUUCGAAAUCCCAAAUUACGGUUGCCACCGUCACAAUUUUUGCUUAUAAAAGUUCCUUUCGCACACAUGGCUUCCUCCAGGGAAAGUUCGCCCUUUACCGUUAAAUUUUCUUUGAUCUUGUCAUAAUUAUUUUGAUAAAAGGAAAGAUUGCGUCUUGUUGCUGCACGAAAGGUAGUUAAGAAGGCACGAGAAUAGGCUAGUGAGGCUGAGUGCCAAGCUAGCCAGACACACGCAGAGAGAGAGAGAGAGAGAGAGAGAGAAAGGUGUUGAUGGUGCUUUGGCUGCAAUGUCGCAGGAGCAUCUGAGCCGCCCUGAGUUGCAAGGUUUCCAGGUCUGUUCGCCGCUCCACUCUCCCAGGCAGGAGGAAUUGCUUGUCAUUGAGGUCUCCGACAAAGUGCGCCAGGAAGACACCAAGACAAAGUCUGCUAAUGCUGUCCAGUCUGCAGCUUCAGAGAUGGAAUUUCCCAACGGGAAGUUGGAAGAAGAGGGAGUUGCAGGGGAAAGAGCAGAGCAUGGUGGAAGCGAGCGUGGUGAAGGGGAUGAGAAGCCUGCGCCACCACUGCCGGCGGUAGGCUGCUUUGAGCUAUUCCGAUUUUCCGAUGGGCUAGACUACGUGCUGAUGGCUAUUGGCACCGCCGGAGCCAUCAUUCACGGCUGCUCCCUCCCGGUGUUCCUCCGAUUCUUCGCAGAUCUUGUCGAUUCCUUCGGUUCUAACGCCAACAACCCCGAUACAAUGGUUCGAGAAGUCAUCAAGUAUUCCUUCUACUUUCUAGUCGUUGGUGCUGCCAUUUGGGUGUCUUCUUGGGCUGAGAUUUCUUGCUGGAUGUGGACGGGGGAGCGACAGUCUACGAAGAUGAGAAUAAAAUAUUUGGAGUCGGCGCUUAACCAAGACAUUCGCUAUUUUGACACCGAGGUCCGCACCUCGGACGUCGUCUUCGCCAUCAAUGCCGAUGCAGUCAUCGUUCAGGACGCCAUCAGCGAGAAGCUUGGGAACUUGAUUCACUACUUGGCUACUCUUGUAUCCGGCUUUGUCAUCGGUUUCACCGCUGUGUGGCAGCUGGCCCUAGUCACACUAGCAGUGGUUCCCCUCAUCGCCGUGAUCGGCGGCAUCCAUACCACAACGUUGGCCAAGCUCACUUCCAAAAGCCAAGACGCGCUCUCUCAGGCCAGCAACAUAGCAGAUAUGUCACUGUCGCAGAUCCGUACGGUUCAGUCGUUCGGCGGUGAGUCGAGGGCUCUCCAGGCCUACUCGGAGGCGCUGAAGGUGGCGCAGAGGAUUGGCUAUCGAAUUGGCUUCGCAAAAGGCAUCGGACUUGGCGCCACCUACUUCACCGUCUUCUGCUGCUACGCUCUCCUCCUCUGGUGUGGCGGCCACCUCGUGCGCCAUCGCCACGCAAACGGCGGCUUAGCCAUCGCCACCAUGUUUGCGGUCAUGAUCGGAGGACUGGCUCUAGGGCAGUCGGUUCCAAGCUUAUCCUCGCUUGCCAAGGCCAGAGUUGCCGCAGCCAAGAUACACAAGACAAUCGACCAUCGGCCGGAUAUCGACCGCAACGCAGAAGCUGGGACGGAGCUCGAGUCAGUCGCCGGUCACAUUGAGCUUAAAAACGUCGACUUUUCCUACCCUGCCCGGCCGGAGGCCCAAAUCCUGCGGAAUUUCUCGCUCAGCGUCGCCUCUGGAAAGACACUGGCUCUAGUCGGAAGCAGCGGCUCUGGUAAGAGCACGGUCGUGUCGCUUAUAGAAAGAUUCUACGAUCCCAACUCAGGGCAAGUGCUGCUCGACGGCAAUGACAUAAAGGAUCUGAAGCUGAGAUGGUUCAGAGAGCAGAUCGGUCUGGUAAGCCAAGAGCCAGCUCUGUUCGCCACCUCCAUCCGAGAAAAUCUCCUUUUGGGUAGGGCGGAUGCUACUCAGGUAGAGAUAGAAGAAGCUGCUAGGGUGGCCAACGCCCAUUCCUUCAUCAUAAAGCUUCCGGACGGCUACGAUUCCCAGGUGGGGGAGAGGGGAUUACAGCUAUCAGGCGGGCAGAAGCAGAGGAUCGCAAUUGCGAGGGCGAUGCUGAAGAAUCCGGCAAUACUGUUGCUCGAUGAGGCGACGAGCGCGCUCGAUUCGGAGUCCGAAAAGCUGGUGCAGGAGGCAUUAGAUCGGUUCAUGAUCGGCCGAACCACGCUCAUAAUCGCACACCGCCUCUCCACAAUCCGCAAGGCCGAUCUUGUCGCCGUUAUCCAGCAGGGGAGUGUAGCAGAGCUUGGCACCCACGACGAACUCAUGGCGGGGGCAGAUAAUGGGCUCUAUGCUCGCCUGAUACGCCUCCAGGAGCAGGCUCACGACGCUGCGCUCAUCAAUGCCCGGAAAAGUAGCGCGCGGCCAUCGAGUGCCCGAAACUCUGUGAGCUCGCCAAUCAUCACGCGCAACUCCUCCUAUGGCCGUUCCCCCUACUCGCGCCGCCUCUCCGACUUCUCCACGUCUGAUUUCAGUUUUUCCUUCGAUCCUGGUCACCACCGGUCGGAAGAGAAGCUGCCGUUCCGUGACCACGCUAGCUCAUUCUGGCGGCUUGCAAAAAUGAACUCCCCGGAGUGGGCUUACGCGCUCAUUGGCUCUGUUGGCUCCAUGCUGUGCGGUUCCAUGAGCGCCUUCUUCGCGUAUGUCCUCAGCGCCGUACUCAGUGUCUACUAUGCCCAGGACUACGCUUACAUGCGGCGUGAGAUCGCCAAGUACUGCUACCUCCUCAUCGCAGUUUCCUCCGCCGCUCUGCUCUUCAACACGCUUCAGCAUUUCUUCUGGGACGUGGUAGGCGAGAAUCUAACCAAGAGAGUACGGGAAAAGAUGUUCUUUUCUUUUCUCCGGAACGAAAUCGCCUGGUUCGACCGCGAUGAAAACUCAAGCUCCAGGACAGUUGCCAGACUCGCACUGGACGCCCAUAAUGUCAGGUCAGCCAUCGGGGAUCGGAUAUCAGUGAUAGUCCAAAACAUUGCCCUCUUGCUCGUCGCCUGCACGGCGGGGUUCGUCCUUCAGUGGCGCCUUGCCCUCGUUCUCAUCGCCGUAUUUCCCGUCGUAGUCGCCGCUACCGUGCUACAGAAAAUGUUUCUCAAAGGCUUCUCCGGAGACUUGGAAGGGGCGCAUGCUCGAGCCACACAAAUCGCCGGGGAGGCGGUGGCGAAUUUACGGACGGUUGCAGCAUUCAAUUCGGAGACCAAAAUCACUGAGCUUUUCGCAGCAAACCUGGAGGGCCCACUGCGGCGGUGCUUCUGGAAAGGCCAGAUCGCCGGGAGCGGCUACGGUAUUGCGCAGUUCCUCCUCUACGCCUCCUACGCUCUGGGGCUAUGGUACGCUGCUUGGCUGGUGAAGCACGGAAUCUCGGACUUCUCCAAGACCAUUCGCGUCUUCAUGGUCCUAAUGGUAUCCGCGAACGGCGCUGCCGAGACACUGACUCUCGCUCCAGACUUCAUUAAAGGAGGCCGGGCCGUGCGUUCGCUGUUUGAGGUAAUCGACCGCAAGACCGAGAUCGAACCCGAUGACCCAGAGGCACCCCAGGUGCCCGAGCGCCUCCGUGGGGAGGUGGAGCUCAAGCACGUGGACUUCGCCUACCCAUCGCGGCCGGAUUUCCCCGUACUCCGCGACCUUACUCUGCGCGCUCGCGCUGGCAAGACUCUUGCACUAGUUGGACCUAGCGGGUGCGGGAAGAGCUCCGUGAUCGCACUCAUCCAGCGCUUCUACGACCCGAGCUCAGGACGGGUUCUGGUGGAUGGGCGGGACAUCCGCAAGUACAACCUCAGAACGCUGCGGCGAGUGAUGGCGGUGGUGCCGCAGGAGCUGUGCCUGUUUUCCGCCACCAUUCAAGAGAACAUCGCGUACGGGCGGGAGGGGGCGACGGAAGCGGAGGUCAUCGAAGCAGCGACGGCGGCAAACGCUCACCGCUUCAUAUCUGGGAUGCCAGAGGGGUACAAGACGUGGGUAGGGGACCGCGGGGUGCAGCUUUCAGGAGGACAGCGGCAGCGGAUUGCGAUUGCUAGGGCGUUGCUAAAAAAGGCGCCGGUUUUACUACUUGACGAGGCUACAAGCGCGCUGGACGCUGAAUCGGAGAGGUCGGUGCAAGAAGCGCUGGACCGAGCGGCGGCCGGCCGAACUACAGUCAUGGUGGCCCACCGGCUCGCGUUGGUGAGAGGGGCCCAAACUAUCGCAGUGAUUGACGAGGGGAAGGUGGUGGAGCAGGGAUCACAUUCUCACCUUCUAGCUCACUACGCAGAUGGAUGCUACGCUCGAAUGCUGCAGCUGCAGCGUUUGUCUCAGGGUGGUGUGCUGGGUGCAUCUACGAGCGCCAGAGAGGGCGAGGAGAAGUAAAUAGUAAUGGUAUCCGUUGAGUAUGGAAUAUUGUGAGUGAAUGGCGCAGAUCUAAAGUUCUGAUUUUCUCUUUUUUUUUGUCUUUUUUUUUUUAACAAAUAGGUAAAAUCUUACUGCCAUUUGGAGUAAUAGAGAAAUAGUACAUGUAAGGUAGAUUUUUGGUUUCUAUGUGUUUGAUGUAACACAAAAAAGACAAAAUAUAAUAUAAUUUGAUUUUGUAAGGAAA